AUGUCUCAAAAACCCCCUCGUAUCGUCGAAUAUGAGCGACAGGCCGAACAGCGCGCGCGCGAACUCGACGAGAUGAGCGCGGCGCAGGACCGCAUGAUGGAAGCCCAGAUGCGCAUCCAGGCCGAGGCGGAUCGGAUCGCGCAGGAACAGUAUGAGAUGGAACAGUAUUAUGAGACGGAGGCGUUGAAACAUGCGGAAGAGAUGAGGAUUCAUCAGGAGGAGGUGAGGAAACAUGAAGAAUUUAUGAGAAAACACGAAAGGAGACUGCGGGAUCAUGAAGCAAGUAUGGAGGCGUUUGCGAAGGUGAUAGCGAUGCCGGCGAAACCGGCGAGGGCGAGACAGAUUUCGUUUAUGGCGCCUUCGCAGAGGGGUGGGAAUGGGAGUGGGAGUGGGGGUGGGGGUGCGAAUGGGGGUGCGAAUGGGAAUGGAAAUGGAAAUGGGAAUGGACUUCUUAUGACGCCGCCGAGACCACCGGCUGCGUUUCCGGGGUGA